AUGGGUACAGGGAUAGUAGCCGUCCUUCUUCACACACUCUCCGACCUCUAUCCCAGCCAUCACCAUUCGCUGCACACUCUCAGCAUCGUGUUCUUCGUACUGAACGUCUUUCUCUUCGCCAUGAUCUUCAUCAUCUCAAUUUUGAGAUACGCACUCUACCCAGCCACUUGGUCGCUCAUGCUUCAGCACCCCGUGCAAUCGCUUUUCCUUGGUACGCUGCCGAUGGGAUUUGCGACGAUCAUAAACAUGUUCGUCGCGGUCUGCGUCCCAGCUUGGGGCGGCAAAGCACCAUACUAUGCGUGGGCUAUGUGGUGGCUCGACGUGGGAGUCAGUAUUGCGUGUUGCCUUGGGCUUCCCUUCCAGAUGAUGACGAAGCACCAAACUCGCCACGAGACGAUGACAGCGGCAUGGCUAUUGCCUAUCGUUUCCUGCAUUGUUGCCGCAGCUUCGGGCGGCGUUGUGGCGUCGGUACUUCCAAAUCCUGACCAUGCUCUGAUCACGGUUGUCACCAGCUAUGUCUUAUGGGGCAUGGGUGUCCCUCUUGCCUUGGUCGUUCUGACCAUGUACUUUCAUCGCCUUGCGAUCCACAAACUUCCACCAAGCGAAGUCAUCGUCAGUGUCUUUCUACCGCUUGGUCCGAUGGGUCAAGGAGGAUACGCAAUUAUGCAGCUUGGUAAAGUCGCAGCGGAGAUCUUUCCCCAAACCGAAAUACUGCACCCAAUGGCUGGCGAGGUCUUAUAUGUGAUGGGUUGGAUGGUUGCCAUUGUACUAUGGGGCUUUGGUCUCGUCUGGCUCUUCUUCGCAGUGGCAUCGAUUGCACGAAGCAGGUUCCCGUUCAAUAUGGGUUGGUGGGGUUUCACGUUCCCUAUUGGAGUGUUUACCAUGUCGACGAUCAGUAUUGGGCAAGAACUGCCGUCGGCAUUCUUCAGGAUCCUUGGAACAGUGCUUGCAAUCAGCGUUAUACUGCUCUGGCUUGUGGUUGCCGUUGGUACUGCCAAGAAUAUAUUGUAUGGCAACCUUUUCGAAGCGCCUUGCCUGCGAGAAAUGGAGAGAAGGGCGAAUGCUGCAGCGGAAAAAGGACAUCAAAACGCAUGA